UGAAUAUAUUCAGUCUAGCGAAAGACAUCUCUGAUGGGGUUCAGACUCUUCAGAUAAAAGAUACUGCAAUCAGCCUGUCACGUCUUUUAAGUUUUGUUGAUGAUUGACAAGAACAGUCCCUAGUUUGAUGCAUGUUCUUUUAUUAUUGGCGUUUAACAGCAUGUUUUUUUCCUGCAUGUCAAAAAAGGGUAUAAUACAAGGAGGUGAUGUGAUACUGUUGUCUUGUUGUAUUGGCAUUCGGUUCUAUGUCGUGUUCUAACAGCUGAUAUCUGGAAUUUUGUUUCAUGUAAACUGUACUCAAGUUUUUUUUUUUAGUGGACUUAUUGGACUGUUCUGGCGCAAAGUAUCAAUUAAAAUGUAACUGCAGGCACAUGAGCAAACUGGCUGUGCUGAUCAGACAAAUUCCGUCAAGGUAGAAACUAAAAUUAAAGAGGAACGACUGAAAUGCAAAAUGCAGGAAGCACACACGUUCCACACAAACCAAGCUCCGCUUUCGCACCUAUCAGGCGGCGACUCGCAGGAAGCUGCCGUCUUGUCAGCUGACCGGCAGAGCCAUCACUGGCCCCUGGACAAGAAGGCCGGGCACAUGGGAACGGCAGGAGUCCUCAGCACUGCCAACCCAUCAGAUACUUGGGAAUUCAGAGCCAUGAGGAUGAUGUAAUAGCGGGGAGAUUCAGAGCUGGUCAAAGAGCCGACUGUCUGCUCCAUGGCGUGAUUCUGGCCCCAUUUAGCUCACUUGUUUGCUGGGUGGUGGUGAAUGCGGUUAUGUAACAAAGCACGCGGCCGGCCCAAGACCCUGGUGCCAGCGUCGAGAGCCCAGGCCGGUCGCACUCUGUCACCUCUCUACUCCCACACCCUCUGAGGCUCGGGGCAGGAGGGGGUUAACAUCUGGGUGUCCCUCGCUGCCUUGCUAUGCUCCUCACGCACGCCUUACCACUCUCUUGUGGCUCUCCCCUUUAAGCACAGCUGUUGUUCACAGAGAAAAGGGGGGGGGGAGAGUGCUCUCUGCACUUUCAUUUUCAGAGAAAAGGUGGUUCCCAGACUUCUUCACUCUUAGAACUUUCUCUUUUUUUGUUGGUUCUUCACCAGAGGGAGAAGUGAGAUUCAGACAUAAACGGUCAAAAAUAAAAAAUACACCUGAAGAGGAAUUAAAUGAGUUGAUGGGCAACGCUGUGUUACAUCCAGUGUAUGUCUGUCUAGGGUUACAAGGCUGUACACAUAAAAAUAGUGCAUGAGUGCUGUUAUUAAACAUGUAAUCUAGGUCAAACAAAAACAUACGAUUUCCUAUAUAUCUGGCAUCACAACCACAAAUGAACAAAACACUCCGACCAUAUUGAUAGUGAUCUAACCUGAUCUAACUAACCUACUUAAAACAAAAAGAGACGCUGUUUGGACCCCUAACAAAGGUGGUCCUCACUCUGGAUACUGAGCGCUGUGCUGAGCGCGUGGUGCAGUAAUUAAAACAGACAGGGAGGACCUGUCCAAAAGGCCCGAUUCAGCACAGAGUGGCUUAAGAUGCCCCCAUCUUCAGUCUCUUCAACCAGGACACACUAGCAGAGACAAAAUCGUGAAAAGAAAUUUUUAUAAAUAACAUUAUCUGUCCAGUCCCUCCCAUGCAAACUUAACUUAAACAGGCAUGUAAGUCAAUUAGAUGCUUAGCCAAAUGCUGCUUUAGUGAAUUAAAUCAUCUGUAUAAAAUGGUGAUGAAAUAUAUGUGUGAGGUAUGUUGCAAAAAUAUGUGUGGUGGCUUGCGGUACCAUUCUGGCAUGCUGUUCUUUGGACAGGACCAGCUAGAUUGGUAAUGCUAGCCUGCUAGCCUGGUGGCACUCACAGGAGGUCUAACGGAGACACUCGGAGCAGCUUGCUGCAGGGUUUUAAUAACCUGGCCACGAAUGGGUCGGUAAAACGUGACGUCCGCAUAACAGCAGCAGCAACAUCUAUCUGCUGCCCUCUGUUGGUGAUUAAGUCAUGUGAUGAAAGCUGUGUCCUUCCUGGUUUGUGUGGGUGUGUCGGCGUGAAACCCGGAGGAUUUUGCAGCCAUCUUUGUAACCCCAGUCAGAGUGUACAGUUAGAAUUGGUUCUCCUUCUUGAGACAGAUGAGAAGUUUCAAUUGAGAAAGACGUGCUCCACCCACGGAAUGAUUCUGCUACUGACAAACCUGCAUUCCACAAUCUUACCCUGGCUGCAUCUCAGGUUUUAGACAUUUUUCCUGUAUGCAGUCGAUAAGAGGCUAAUGCAAGAAUGUAUGUUCUGCGCUAGUUUGUAGUAUCUAUACUCCACAACCUGAAUAGUAAAAUCAGCCAUUAUCUUUAAUACCUGUUUUUUAAUCUGAGAGUUUGGCAUUACUGAGACUUAACACCUUCAUGUACAUUCAGAGGGGUUAUCAAAGAAGUCUAGGCACCAAAGAGUUUUCAGGCUGGUUCAAUGGAAGGUGAUUUCUGCACUUCAGCUUUAGCAAAUAAUAAAAAAACUAACAUAACAUCCUAAAAUAUUAGCUUCGAUGUCAGCACUUCCUUUUACAAAGCUUGCAGGAAAUGGAGAUGACCUGUCCUCUCUUUCUCUUGCUAUGUCACUCCCUCUUACGCUUGUUUGAGAUCUAACCAAAGAGGCAGUUCUCUUUUUUUCUGUUUAUACCAGCGGAUGCCACUAUUGGCUGGGAGCUGAGGACGCUGCUGAUUGUGUGGCUGUGUCUGCGUGAGGUAGUGAGGGUUCGGCGGGGUUACUUUUGUUCGCGGUCGGCUGUCUCUCCAGGACAGCAUGGUCGACGUGAUGUUUGGGGAUCGUGGUAGUUUCAGGCCCAGAGCCAUGACCCUUCCUGUGAGCAACCAGGCUAAUGCUGAGAGCUCAGAGAUUGCAGUUUACGUCAACAUAGAGGCACUCCGGAAGAACAUCCACCAAUCACCCCCCGCACCUGCCGUGCUUCCACACCAGUCCCUGGACUCCGAGGGAUGGGAGGUACACACUGACCAGGAGAGCGGACAAGAAUAUUAUUACAACCCUGUAACUAGACAGACCACCUGGGAAAAUCCCUUUGCCCCUCACACGGACCCUGAGUUCUACCUAGAGGAUCUUCCCCCACCCUCGCCGACCUACUCCCCUCCCUCAGCUGAUUUUAUAGACUCCAACUGGGAGAAGAUAUUUGAUGAGAGCAGCGGUUGCCACUAUUUCUACAACCACGUGACUAAGGAGACGUCUUGGGAUCCCCCAGAAGAGCUUCCUCCUCCUUCCAUGGAACCACUGGAUACGCAAACGUUCAGGCAGGAUGGGCCCCCCCCACUACCUGAGGAGGAUUAUCUUGACAGUCCCCAGGAGACCGGGCUGGUGUUGACCUUUCCUAAAGAAUGUCAUUUCACCCGAAAUGUCAUCCCACGAGCCAGCUUGGACCCUGGCACUCCUCCGGGCUGGACGCAGUCUGUGGACCCAGAUGGCCUGCUGGUCUUCACCAGCGAUAUCACGCAGGAACAGUGGAUCAAGUCUGUGGAUGACAGGGGUCAGACCUACUACUACCUAAGGGAUGGAUCCAAAUCUCAAUGGAACUUGCCGGAGCUUUCUAUGACCAGCCAGCUCAGGAUGGGGAAUGGCGUGAAUCAGGAGGGUGCGUCAGUGUUCAAGAACUGGAGGCACACAGUGGACCCGUCCCAGUUCAGCUCAUCACAUGACGACUUGCAGAAGUUCCUCCCGACUCACAAGAGGAACGUCUCUGAUCAUGACAGCGAUGCAUCCAGUUCAGGAAAUUCCUCUGAGCAGCAGCAUCAUCCGUACAGGUUCAGGCAUCGGAGGAAUCCCUCCGUUCAGAGCUACGAGCUUCAGCAGCACAAUAUUUUAGAAAAGGCUGGAAUUCUCAACAAAACCAAGGUCUCUGAGAAUGGGAAAAAGUUAAGGAAAAACUGGACUCCGUCUUGGACUGUACUUCAUGGGGGAAUUCUGACUUUUCACAAAGACCCUAAAUCUGUCCCAGCAGGAUCCUCGAACAAGAUAAAUCAAAUAGCCCCUGAGUUCACCGUGGAGCUACGAGGGGCGACGAUAUCCAGGGCUUCGAGAGACAAGUCCAGCAAGAAAAAUGUCCUGGAGCUGAAGACGCGGACGGGGGCUGAGUUUCUGAUGCAGUAUGACACCGAAAGCACCAUCAGCGACUGGCAUAGGGCAAUUGCAGAAACAAUUCAACAGCUGGAGUUGCACUCCUAUGAAGAAGAGGACGGGGAUAGCUUGAGAAAGUCUGUCAACAAGCCAGGUGCUCUGGUCACAGAUCCAGAGCAGAAGAAAGUGCGAACAAAACUCCUCAAAUUCUUGCAGAAACGACCCACACUGCAGUCCGUCAAGGAGAAGGGUUAUAUCAAAGAUAAUGUAUUUGGAUGCCCUUUGGUGACGCUGUGUGCCCAGGAGAGAACCACUAUCCCCAGAUUUGUAGAAAAGUGCAUUAAUGCAGUGGAAAAAAGAGGUUUGGACAUUGAUGGACUUUAUCGAGUUAGCGGGAACCUCGCCGUCAUUCAGAAGCUGCGACACAAGGCAGAUCACGACGAACUAGACCUGGAGGAUGGGCAGUGGGAGGACGUUCAUGUCAUCACUGGUGCUCUGAAGCUCUUCUUCCGAGAGCUGCCUGAGCCUCUCUUCCCUUACAGUUAUUUUAACAACUUCAUCGCAGCCAUCAAAAUUUCUGAUUACAACGAGAAGGUAGCCUACAUGUCUCAGCUAGUGAAAUCUCUCCCUGCACCCAACCAUGAUACAAUGGAGCUUCUCUUUAGCCAUUUACGCAGAGUUAUUGAAUACGGGGAGGCGAACCGCAUGUCAGUUCAGAACGUGGCCAUCGUCUUCGGACCCACGCUGCUGAAACCUGAGACGGAAUCUGCCAAUAUCACGAUGUACAUGGUAUUCCAGAACCAGAUUGUGGAACUUAUCUUGAACGAGUACAACAGCAUCUUUUAAGUACACCGAAUUCCUUCCUCCCCUCAACUUCAGCAACUUUGAUGAUGUUUAUAAGGGUCGCCAAGACAACGAUUGGAAGCUUGUUUAGAGACUGCAGAGGCUGGGGGGGUCUGUAUUGAGGGGGUCAGGCGGUGUGCAACAGCACUGUGAUUCCAGCACUUGGUCCUGUAAUCUUAUCUUCACCUUUAUAUAUUUGGUUUUGAACCAGAACUUUCUGUGACAAACCACAUCAAGUGGUAGCACUCCCUUCCUCCCCUACCUCACUGUCAGUUCAUAUGCUAUUAACUGCAUGGAUUUUGUUUCUGAAUGAGUUGUUUACUUUUAACUGUCAUCUUUAGUCCAUUUCCUGCUGGUGACUCUCCACCAGCUGAAGACGCUGUGAUAUUUCAGAUCAUUAUGCAGGGAGUCGCCACAUCUUAAAAUGCUGAAGUUUUUGCUAACCUUUAGGAACAUGCUAAAACAGACAUUCAGUACAAGCUAUUGAACAGUUUUUAUGUAGUUGUAUCUGCAUUGUAACUAAAGAAUUAGUUUUUUUCCACCACAGUAUAGAAAGGAUUUUGUAAAUUUAAUUUUUAUAAUUUUUUUUUAUGUAAACAGGCAGCUGUACAGUUGUGCCUAAUUAAAUUUUAAAGCAGUGUUUAUGACCACAAUCUUGUUUGUAAUAUUUAAAUAAUAUAUUAAUUGUGAAUGAAGAGCAGAAUAUAGAUGUACAGUUUGUUAGCAUUAAUGUUACGGAAGUUUAGAAGAGUCAAAAUCAGCACCAGUUAAAGGCGAGUAACAAUGUUACAAGGAUGGAGUCUGUCAUUGUAAAUAAAUAUUUACUUUGUAUAAGAGCUGUAAUGUAAGUUUCGUCUUUUUAAUUAAAAAUGACCUGAUAAUGAAUAUCAAA